AUGCUGGCGUGGUGGACUGCUGCCGCAAGGUGCGUGGGUAGGUGGGUGGGGCAGUGGGUGGGGCGGUGGGUGGGUGGGGCGGUGGGUGGGGCGGUGGGUGGGGCGGUGGGUGGGUGGGGUGGUGGGUGGGGCGGUGGGUGGGUGGGGCGGUGGGUGGAGGAGGGUGGUUUGCGGGUGGGGGAGGCGUGGGGGGAGAAGGCUAGAGGGGCAAGGCUGGUGGGGAAAAGGAUGCUACAAGAGGAGGGAAUUUACUCCUUCUACCGCUCCUACCGCACCACGCUGGUCAUGAACGUGCCAUUCACAGCUGUGCACUUUGCCACGUACGAGGCCAGCAAGGCGGGCCUGGGGCGGGCGCUACCGGGGGAGGCGUUACCUGGGGAGGGUGUACUGGACGAGGAUAGGCUGCUCACCCACGUGCUGGCAGGUGGCGCUGCUGGCGCUCUGGCCAGCGCUGUCACGAACCCUCUUGAUGUGGCGUUACCGGGGGAGGCGUUACCUGGGGAGGGCGUGUUGGAUGAGGAUAGGCUGCUCACUCACGUGCUGGUGGGCGGCGCUGCUGGGGCGCUCGCUAGCGCUGGAGUGUGUGGGGUGAAGCGGAUGCAGAGUGCAUCAGUGACAGCAGCGCUGCGCGGCAUUGUGAGGGAGGAGGGGUGGGGGGCACUGCUGCGGGGCAUGCGAGCCCGCAUGCUCUUCCACACCCCCGCUGCUGCUAUUGUGUGGUCCACUUAUGAAGCUUCCAAGAACCUGCUACGGGACUUGUGA